AUGAAAGAAAUGGAACACUUGAGAAUGUUAUUGGAUACUGUGGAAACUUCCGAUGAAGAAAUGGAUACUGCUAGUGAAAAUGAAGUAGAUCAAGAAAUUUAUAGCAGUCAUGACAGCGACAGUGAGUCUGAAAUCAGUUGCAAUAAGUAUUAUGGAACCAUUGAAAGUUGGGAACUUUUUAUGGAUUUCAAUAUUAUAAAAAAUAUUGUGGACUGCACCAAUAUUUUUAUUGAUAAAAUAUCCGAAAAUUUUCAACGGAGUCGAGAUGCUAGGCAUACAGAUGAAGUGGAGAUGAGAGCACUGUUUGGUCUUUUAUAUUUAUGCGGAUUGCAUAAAUCUUCUCAUGCUAAUGCAAAAGACUUGUGGGACGCUGAUGGCACCGGAAUUGAAUUAUUCCGAAAGACAAUGUCUUACAAACGAUUCACUUUUCUUCUAAGGUGCUUGAGAUUAGACAAUGUAAACGAUCGCGAAGCUCGAAGACAGUUGGAUAAGCUGGCAGCUGUGAGAGAUUUCUUCAGCGAUUUCAAUAAAAAAUGUCAAGAAAUAUAUUCAGUUAGUGAAUAUGUUACAAUAGAUGAAAAGUUGGAGAAAUUUCGUGGCCGAUGUGCUUUUCGUCGCCAGUAUAUGCCGAAAAAGCCGGCAAAAUAUGGAAUUAAAUUAUUUGCCGUAGUCGAUGCCAGGACAUAUUAUACAUAUAAUAUGGAAAUUUAUGCGGGGAAACAAUCGGAUGGUCCUUUCAAAAAAACAAAGAAAAGAGAAGUAUAUUCUUCCAUGUUUGGAUUCCAAAAAGACAUGACAUUAGUAUCAUAUGUUCCAAAGAAAUCGAAAUGUGUAGUUCUUCUGUCUACAAUGCAUCAUGAUGACACGAUAGAUGAAAACUCUGAACAAAGUAAGCCAGAAAUAAUCCAUUUCUACAAUGGAACGAAAGGAGGAGUAGAUACUGUUGAUGAAAUGUCUACGCUUUAUUCAACAGCUAGGAAAACAAACAGGGUGGCCUAUGGUGAUUUUUUACUGUGUUUUUGA